AUGGAAUCUCCACGUAAGGACGUCGGGGACUACAAGGAAGCAACCACUCCGUAUGACCCCCUCGCGACGAAGGAAGGCGAUAUGGUCGGCGGCGAAGACGACUCGGCCAUCAAGGCCAGCGACUUUCUCGCCAUCACAGACGGGUUGGCGUACCCCCAAGUGACGGUCAAGUCGUUGGUUGUAGGGACAGUCAUCGGUGCCUUCCUCAGCGUGCUCGGCAUGUACUACGGACUCAAGAUCGGUGUCGUGCCGUCGCUAAACGUGCUGGCCGGCGUCGGUGGCUUCAUGUUGACCAACUGGUUCCUCAAGAUGAAGAUGUUUCGUGGGUAUUUCUCCGUGCAAGAGAACGUUGUGAUCCAAACGUGCGCCGUGGCGUGCUACUCGCUGGCGAGCCAGGGCGGGUUCACGUCUGGCAUGCUCGCGCUCACGCAGCAAGUGUACGAGGACGUCGGCAACAAAACGGGCAACCUCGCGACGGACGUUGUCGACGUGACGUGGUUGCGCGCGUUCGGGUGGUGCAGCUCGAUCGCGCUGUUUGGGUUUUUCAUUUCGUUCCCGCUGCGCCGAAAAAUGAUCAUCGAGAGCCGCCUGUUGUUCCCGAGCGGGACCGCGACGGCCGUCAUGAUUCAGACGCUGCACUCGUCCAAGGAAGCCGUCGAGUACCAAUGGAACGUCCUGUUCAAGAGCGGGGUCGUCUCGUACUGCUGGUCCAUCUUUGUCUACUGCUUUGAAGGCCUCGGCAGCUUUCCGAUUUUUGGACUCAAGCCAAUGAAGUACGGAUGGUUGUGCGACUGGGCCCCGGGCACGUUUGCCAUUUCCGUCAUGCUGCCGUUCCGCGUCAUGUCGUCUAUCUUCUUCGGCACGAUCAUCUCAUGGGCCAUCAUGACCCCGUACCUCGAUGCGUACCACGGCAAGAGCCAAGGCGCCGAUGCCUGGUUCGUUUCGACCAAGGUCGACGGUUUGAAGGCGUACUACACGUUCACGGCCGUGUCCGUGAUCUGCGUCGAUGCGCUCUACAGCAUCGUCAAGGUCGUCAUCGUGUUGUACAAAUCGUGGCGCGACUCGCGCAACGCGGCGCCGAUCGACAACGACGAUGUCAAGUCGGUGGACGUGCAGCGCCAAGCGUACUUGGACAAGUUGUUUGACGCGACCCACGUGCCGACGCUCGUGUGGGUGUCGGGCCUUGUCGUGUUCGCCGCCGUCUCUGUGGUACUCAUCUCUCUCAUCUUUCCGUCCGUGCACUGGUGGAAGGUCCUCGUGUGCUGCUUGCUCAUCCCGGUUUUUGCGAUCGGGAUCAUCCAAGGCGUGGGCAUGACGGACUGGAACAUCUCGAGCGCCGUCGGCAAGCUCAUCAUCUUUAUCAUCGGUGGAUGGUCCCAGGAUGGCUCGAUCAUUGCCGGCCUCCUCAUGUGUCAAAUGGUGAUUGUCGGAUGCAGCCAAGCAGCGGAUCUCAUGCAGGAUUUCAAGACCGGGUACCUCGUCGGCGCGUCGGCCAAGUCGAUGAUUGUAUCGCAGAUCUUUGGCGCCGUCAUGUCGUGUGUCAUUGUGCCGUCCGUGUGGAUUAUGAUGACGUCGGCGUACACGAUCCCCGGCGACGUGAUCAAGGCCCCGUACGGCGAAGUGUACCGCAUUCUCGGGAUCACAGCAAUCCAAGGCCUCGAUGGGUUGCCCAAGUAUUGCGGCAUCUUCAUGCUGAUCGGUGCAAUCUACACCGUCGUGUUCAACAUGUUCAUCGACAUGUGCUCCGAGUCCAAGAUCAAGGCCGUCCGCCACAUUGCCAACAACUGUCCGAUCCCCAUGGCUGUCGCAAUUGGCAUGAUCAUCCCGGCCUCCUUCGGUCUCCAAGGCAUCGUCGUCGCGCUCAUCUGCGCGUACUGGAAACACGUGAACCCGGAACAGUUCCACAAAACACAGUACAUUCUGGCCGCCGGGUUGAUGGUGGGCGACGGGUUCUCGAUCCUUACCCAGAUCAUCGUCACUGUGUCGGGCGGCGCCGCCCCCAUGCACCUCGACUUCGGCAUGGGCCCGGCCCAAUAA